CUUUGUUCUUAAAUCAAUCGUUUACUAUCUGAUUGAAAUAUGAUAAUAUAAACCAGUGAUUUUGCAAAUCACAAUUAGUUUUGUAAUGAUCCACGAAGAUGUUGAAACUAGCCCUCGUCCUAGCUUCUUUGGCAUGGUCCGCGCAGAGGAUGUAGCAUCGAACACCUAUUACCUAUACACGUUGGAAAAUCAAUAUGAGCCUGAAAUCUUGGACCCCACGGUGCCUUUUUCAAGAUAUUCAAAUUUCAAAAUAACGGACAAUACCGUUAUUCUUGUCCACGGACACCAAGGCCACUUGAACUCCAGUUUCGACAACUUGAUCAAAGAUGCUAUUUUAUAUCAUCAAGAACCUCACAACGUCAUCGUUGUUGACUGGGCCAGGGAAGCUGGUCAAGGAUAUUCUGACGCUAGAAAGGCUGUGCCACUGGUUGCUGAUCAUUUGGCCAAUUUUAUAACCUGGCUGGAAACUGAAGCUAGAUUGAUCAGAAGCACAUUACAUUUAGUUGGUUUCAAUCUUGGAGCUCAUAUUGUUGGUCAAGCUGGUCGAAGAUUAGAUCAAGGGUUGGGCAGAAUUGGAAGAAUCACUGGUUUGGACCCAGCUGCUAGUAGGUGGGGAAGCGAUUCCGGAAGAUUAGCAGACACUGACGCUAUGUAUGUUGAAGUUAUCCACACAGAUAUCACAGGACCAGGGUCAAAUGGUAUCGGAACAGCAAUCGGUGACAUUAACUUCUUCGUCAACGGUGGCAGCAACCAACCAGGCUGCAUUGGGCACGUCUGCAACCAUAACCGUGCCUAUGAAGUCUUUGCCGCAUCUAUGAGCAACAGUGGACUUCUUGGAUACCCAUGCAGCUCAGACUUGCAAAAUACCCUCAACAGGUGUAGAGGAGACCCCUUGCACAUGGGAGGCCUAGCACUUUCCAAAACAGGUUCUAAAAAAUACCGUGUCAACACGAGCGGAACAUGGCCCUAUUAACGAAAUGGGUGUAAAAGCUACAACAAACACACGAAGAAUUUUCGGAGUGUAAAUAUCAUGUCAUGCCUAUAUUAUGUUAAAACUGUAUAAAAAAUAACUUCACACUUAUAUUUGUUUGGUCGUUCCACAUACUGUUCAAAUUAAUGUACGAUUAAUAUUUGGAUUAAAUUGUUACACAUUUCAAUUUUUUAUUUAAAUAACGUAGGAUCUGUAUUUAAGUUUCGCAUCAAUAAACAAUAAUUUUGAUUAA